AGCGUUCGCUGACUUCAGUGUGCGCCGACCAGUUUAAGCAGGCAGACGACGGCCACAAUUCGGUUUGUCGACGAGAGGGUGUAUGUGUGUGAAAUUAUAUAUAUAUAUAUAUACAUAUGUGCAUAUAUGUAAAUGUGCAAAAUACAUACACAGGCGUAAAACGCGUUCCGUUGGAUAUUCUUUAUUUCGUUGUGUUGAAGAAAAUUGCAAAAAAUUUUAAUUUAAAAAAAUUUACAAAAUUCUCAAACGCUCCAAUCGUAAGCGUUCGCUUGUUACUUUCGAGCAAAGCAGUUAGUGAGUGUGUUUUUGUUGCAUAAAUUUGUAUUUUUUCGUGCAGUAAAUCAGUGUUCGCACUCAAAACCGACUUGCCAACACACGAAGCCAACAACAAUUGCAACAAUACAGAAAUUUAAGUGCAAAAGUUAAUAAAAGCGAGUUAAAAAUACAAAAAAAAAGUUAAAUAUUAAUUAAUAAUAUUGCAGCCGCAGCAAGCACGACCGAGCCAUCACGACACAAAUACAAAAACAACAGCAGCAGCAACAAAAACAACGAUUCAAGCUACUUUAGCAACAACAACAGCUGUUUUUCCUUCUCUGCUGUCAGCAGCUCACACUCACUUUCGGGCUGUCUGUUGCAAAAUUUCAAAAAAAAAAUAUACUAUAUAGUAUUCAAAAAGCAACAACAAUAAAAAAUGUUGUUUUGAAUCUCAUUUCAAAAAAUCACCGCAGCCGCGCAGUGAGGCGUGUGUGCAAUCCGCAGCAUUCGAGAGGUGAAGCUGCAUUUGCUCUAAAACAACCAGAAAAUUAAUAAAUGUGCGAAAAACUGAAAAAAAAAAAUUUAAAAGCCAGUGGCAUUUCGGAAUUUUUAAUUGAGCUUAAAAAGUUGUGACAAAAAAUUCAGUAGAGAAAUCAUUUUUUUUCUUUCACUGAGAAGUGUGAAUUGUGUGUGAGAAUAUUUUGUUGCUGCUGACGUUUUAAGGCAAAAUCUGAACGGAUUAAAAUCAGCGCAGAUUUCAAAGUGAGUUUUGGCACACUGAACUCCUUUAUGGGAAAUAAAGUGAAAUUUUAUGUUUAUAAUUAAGAACAACUCGCGCGGAGAGGAAAAAGAAAUAAAUAAAUUUGAUUUAAAAAAUAAAAAUUUUUAAUUUACAAAUAACAAACCUAAAAAGAAAACACAACGAAAGCGAACAGCGAGAGAGAGACUCAAAAACAACAACGCUAAUCGCCACAAAAGUGAAGUGUGAAGUGCGAAAUUCAACGCCAACUGCCAACAUACACAUACCCACACUCACACACAUUUACGCAAAGAAAAACAUUUUCUAACCGCACAUUUUCCAUUUUUCUUCGGUGAAUUUUCGUCGUUCCGCUAAAAAUCGCGCGUGACGCGUCGUCCUCUAUACGUCUUCUUCUGUGUUAUUUCUUGCCGCCACUUCGCCUUCAACUGCCAAUUUGCCACAUAAAUACAAAAGCACAAACUCAUUUUGCAGAGACUUUUGCGCAGGCCUUCAGACUUCAGACUGUGUUAACCUUUAGAAAUUAUUAAGCAUCAACAUUAUUUACAAAAUGUCACACAACAUUAGAAUUUUAUUGGCGAUCAUCGCUUCAAUUGUCACAAUAUGCUCAUCACUGCCAGAUUAUCACAAACAAAUGUCACCCACACAACUGCAAUCGGUGUUCCACGUCGACGAUGUGAACGCCGUACCACACUAUGAAGUCGUGCAGCUGUUGCAUAACAGUUUUGACGACGGUUUGGCGUCACUCCCUGAACAUUAUCGUCGUCGCCGGCGACGCAGCAUCAACAGUGUCGAUGGAGAUGCUCGUCCAACCAUCAAGGAGCCACAUCAUGUGAAGAAGGAUUUGAGUAAAAAUCCUUAUUAUAGUGAAUUGAAAGCGGCCGCAAAUACGCCAGGUGCUGGUGGUGUGAAUAGUCUACAGCAAGCGGCGAAUGGCAAAUUCGCUGGUGAUUUACGCGAGUUAAAAGAGCACAAAGUUUCGUUUAAUGCUUUCGGUGAGAAUUUGAAUUUAACCUUGAAGAGAACGGAUAGUCUGUUCAAGGGCGGUUCCCCGCAUACGUUGCGUAUGUGGACUGUGCGCGAUGAGGCAAAUGCGACGCAUGGUUUGGAUAUGCAGGAGGUUUUCGAUGAGGAUGCUCAAUCAAGCGAUCAAAUUGGCGAAGUUUAUCAAGACGAAGCCAAUAUGGCGGCCAUUUUAAUGCGGCGCCAUUUAGAAACUGGCGAUUUAGUAAUGGAGGGCAGCAUUGGUCAUGAGAUGGUGAUAAAACCAUUGCCGCACGAACUCAGCCCAAAUCCAGAUGCCGCACAUCACAUUGUCUACAAACGUGAGGCCCAGCCGCUAGAGCAUUUGAGCGAUUUCGCUUUUAUGGAACCCGAUGAUUUGGCUACCAGCGAGAAACUUGAACGAUUACAACAACAUCGCCAACGUCGCGCAGCGCCAGUCGAAGAUGACGACGAAGCAGCGUUAGAGGAAGUGGAUGGUGAAUUAGAGUCAGCGGAAGCUCGAUUUACACGUAACAGACGUCAAUUGCCCUAUAUUAUCUAUCCUGAGGUGUUGGUCAUCAUCGAUUAUGAUGGUUAUCGGUUACAUGGUGGCGACAACUUGCAAGUGAAGCGUUACUUUGUUUCGUUCUGGAACGGCGUUGAUUUGCGCUAUCGUUUGCUGAAAGGUCCAAGGAUACGCAUCAGCAUUGCUGGCAUCAUUAUUUCGAGGGGAAGAGAUGCAACACCAUACCUGGAAAGGAAUCGUGUCGGACGAGAUGCCAUCGAUUCAGCGGCUGCCUUAACCGAUAUGGGUAAAUAUUUAUUCCGUGAGCGCCGUUUGCCCGUCUACGAUAUUGCUGUCGCGAUAACCAAACUUGAUAUGUGCAGACGUACAACAGCUUAUGGCGAAUGUAAUCGUGGUACAGCAGGUUUUGCAUAUGUUGGCGGUGCCUGCGUUGUGAACAAGCGUUUGGAAAAAGUCAACAGUGUUGCCAUCAUUGAGGAUACUGGCGGUUUCAGCGGUAUCAUUGUGGCUGCCCAUGAAGUUGGACACUUGCUCGGCGCCGUGCACGACGGCUCACCACCACCCAGCUACCUUGGCGGUCCAGGUGCGCAGCGCUGCCGCUGGGAGGACGGCUACAUAAUGUCCGAUUUGCGACACACCGAGCGCGGUUUCCGGUGGUCACCAUGCACCAUACAGAGUUUCCAUCACUUCUUGAACGGCGACACCGCCACCUGCUUGCACAAUGCACCGCAUGAGGACAGCGCGCUGGGACGCGCAUUGCCCGGCACACUGCUCUCGCUGGACGCGCAGUGUCGUCGCGAUCGCGGCACGUACGCCUGCUUCAAGGAUGAGCGCGUGUGCGCGCAACUAUUCUGUUUCGAUGCGCAGACGGGCUACUGUGUGGCAUAUCGGCCGGCCGCGGAGGGUUCCACAUGUGGCAGCGGGCUGACAUGUCUGGACGGUCGGUGUACGCCAGUUACUUCGAAUGUCAUACCAGCUUACCGUUCUUACAAUGACAACAACAGUGGCACCGAAAAUACUGAUAGUAGUAGCGAAGAAGAAGAUGAGGGGGAGAAUGUAAGUAGCGAAGAAGAGCAGGAUCUACCGAACGUCUUGGCUAAGAGUACACCUACGACCCAGCAACGUUUCGGUAAUACGGUGGAGAAGACCUCACGCGAAGUCGACGACACUUCCGAUCCCAAACGUAUUACAACAAAAACAAUAACCACCAGCAAUACACAUACACCGACACAAACGGACUCACGCACCACAAUCACCCUGGAGACACACUCACGACACCAACACAACAACAAUCAGCAACGGCAAGUGCAACAGGGUACUUUAGAAUUUUUAGCCAGGUUUUUAGCACAGAAUCCACAAUGGCAACAGCUGUUGGGACAAGCGGCGCAGGUGAACGCGCUGACCGGCGCCGCCACAAAUGCCGCCGAUGUGGCAACCAUAGAGACUGCUGCAAAAGCGGAAAUGGCAGACAAAGUGGUAUCCGCUCAUAUGCCGCAGGGCGCAGUCGUUGUUCAAACGAGCGUGAGCAGCAGUACGAGCAGUAGUAGUGGCGUUAGUAGCGCAAAUGGUAGUAGUUCAGGUAGUAAUAGUAGUAGUAAUGGUAGCAAUGACAAUAGCGUGAAACAGCAGGAAAAAUAUGAGCACACUAUUGCAAGGGUUAAUGUUGAGCCUUUGAAUUUAGCGAACAGCCAAGCGACGCUUGACAAGCAAACAGUUGUUGAGGAUACUGGCGCGCUGCAAGUUGCUGAGAAUAUUGACCUUAAUAAAAGCGAAAAACAGCCUAUAGUGAGCGUAGUGGGCGAAAAAAAUGCCAAAGCAAAAACUAUGCUAACACAAAGCAAAUCAGAACCCGAAAUCCAACCACAACCACAGCCACACCAACACACAACCAAAUUGGCAAAAUUAACACAAAUUCAACAGCGCAAACCAACCACCAAAACCACAACAACAACACCACCAACUGCACAACCUAACCUCUUCCAAAUUUACACGCAUGAAUUACGCAAACAGUUACAAUAUUAUUUAGGUUUCCUGCGAGCGCACACUGGCGACAACGUCAGCGCUGGCGAUAGUAGUAGUAGUAUUUUGAGUAAUAGCAAACGUAUAGCAACAGUAAAGCAAACCGUUACAACCAACACAACUAAUUCAAAUUAUAGCAAUACGGUGAGUGCGGCCGCCAAAUUACAGCAACAGUCGGCGUUGCUGGACAACAACAAUCGCAACAAUGCGGACGACAUCGAUGACAACGAGGACAAUGUGAAUGACAGCAAUGUGGACGCGGAUGAUGACGCGAGCAAUGAGGCAAUCGAUGACAAGCAACAGAAACGUAAGUUCAAUACAGCAACAACAAUAAGCGUGAGUGCACAACAACAACAAAACACACAACCAGCGCCGCCACCGUCAGCACCGACGCGCAGCAGCAGCAAUGGCGGCAGUAUAACUAACAGUAACGGCAAUAAUAACAAUAACAAUAAAGCGCUGCAAAGGCCGGCAACAUUUCUUGACGCCUAUUUGAAGAAAUUGCAAGCGCUUAAUGCGCCAACGGACACAACGGCCACACUGACGGCCACCACCACGAGCACCACAAUGUCGACAUCGAGUGUGGUGGGCAAUGGCGCCGUCGGCAAAGCAGUACCAGCUGCCGGUACGCCCGAGAACGAACCGGUGAAGCGGGCGCCGGCGGAAACGUUCGGCAGUCACUUCCUUAAACGUACGCAAAAUUUAUCGAAUAGUAAAAGUAGUAAUGUGGGAAGUAGUAGUGGUGUUGAUGGUAGUGUUGGUAAUAGUAGCGAUAGCAACAUUUACAUUAAUCAUGGUCACAGCAACAACAACAACAACAAUUCAAAUAGAAAUCACAAAAAACUUACACGCAUUUCGAGUCACAAUGCUGCUGCAAACAGUCGUAUGUCAUAUGAUGAUGCACACGAGCAAGUGCACGAACAUGUUGUGAGCGAUGUGGCAACCCACAUCGCGACAACAACACAACAACCGGCAUAUGUUACAAAUUAUUUAGGUGAUAAUACAAAUAAUCUGCCAAGUUUGCUAGAACAGCAACAGCAAGCACAACAGUCAUCCUCAACAAAAACAACAACAACAUCCGCACAAGAACAACAAAAUCAACAAACAUCACAACAAAAAGCACAUAAAAUCAGAACACAAAAACUAAUACGUCGUCAAUUGUUGCGAACGCAAAUUAAAUGAAAACAUUACGUAAAAUUUGUGCGUAAGUGACGCCAGCGAUUACAUUUGUUCUGCUGUAGCACCAUAUUUAGUUUGUAAUUCUAUUUAUAUACUUAGCAUUUAAAGCGCCAAGAGGAUUAAAUUACUUUCUCACUUCAUGCGCGCAAUACCGUUGCAUGCAGCAAUCACGCACACACACUACUGUACGCCACUACACACAGCGUUAGAAAAAACGCAGAGUUACCAACUUGUCAUUCUGGCAAGCAGCUGUUUUUUUUUUUCAAAUUGUUUGUCAGUUAGCAGAAAAUAAUAAUAUUUAGUACGCAAAAUGCUACGCCAAAAGUACCAGUUAUUCUGCUUGCUUAGCGCUAUAGCCGCCCAAGCGAUUCUCACAUAAUCAACUACGCUCACAUAAAACGCAAACACAGCGCACACGCUUCACUCCCUCAGAAGCAUUACAAAUAACUACACGGUUACUAUCGACUUUCGUUGCCAAUCUACAAAAAUGCGUGGUUAACUGGAAGGCGUUUCCUUUUUGAAGAGAAUAAUUCCGUUGCUGACUGAGUGAAGGCGCAGCCAUACGUUUUUCAUCUAAAUAACGUUUUUUUUUAUUUGAUCUACCAAAAAUAUGAUCGGAUAUACAUAAUGCAUAAAGUGUGGCAGCAAUUGACAGUGACAGCAGCGGUAACAUGAACGAGCAUCUCAACACAACCACAACAAUUAACAGCCGUAUAUUAUGUCGAUAUAAACACAUAUUUAGUAAAAGAUUUACGUACUAGUAUAUUUAAAUUAGGCAGCUUGCAAAAUACAUAUCAUUGCCAUUUUCAGAUUUUUCAAACAAAUAUUAACAUACACAUUUACAUUUCAAAACAAAUAGUUAAAAUUAAUGCAUGAAUUUAGUUGAAGCAGUUAAAGCUAAAUAUUAAUGAAAUGAAACGCAUGAAAUCAUACAGCGCCACGCAUGCACACAUACUCAAUUACAUAAAAACAUAAACGUUUUCAUUUAAACCAGCACAUAUCCCUUUGCUACCCGAAAUAUGUACUUAAGUAUGUAGUUAUGUAUAACAUAACAUACACGUAUGCAUCGUAAAAAUACAAGAAGCAUCGAUCACACAUAACCACACUUAAGAACAUCCAUAUUUAAAUAUUACAUACAUACGUACUUUAAAAAGAAACAUAGUUAGAAUUUAUUGAUUUGUUUUAGGUUUUAAUUAUUAUAUAUAUGUAAAUUAAAGAAUAAUUAUAUUUAAUUUAAUUGUAUUUUUUAAAUAAAUUUUAUGUUCUUUUUUGUUAAAAGCUGUAAAAUGCAUUUGUGCAUUAGAAUGAAUAAAUGUAGAUACAUACAUAUAUAUUGAGAAAAAAGAAAUUAUUAUAUAUUAUAUAUGUGAAUAAAUGGUUUUGCGCGAAUUCUAAUAACUCAUAUUUUGUAAAAUUCAUUAUAUAAUGUUAGUUUCAAACAGACGAAAGAAAUACACGCAUAACAUGUUCGCAUCCAAGAAAAAAUAAUAACUAAAUUUCAUUAGCAGCUAAAGCCUAUAACAUACAUACAUACAUAGAAUUCAUUGACAUAUUGUUUAAAUAUAAAUGUUUAUUGUGUUGUAGACACAUGAUAAAGAAAUACACUAUGUGAAUAUUAUACCAUAAGUCUAAUUUACUAUGUAUGAAUAUGUCAUUUGACAUUUUAGGUAAGAAGGCGAAUAAAGGAUAUAUAUGUUUCAUACAUAUAUGUAGCUAAAUACAUUAAAAAAAAUACUUAUAGUUAAAUGCGAAAGAAUGUGAAAACCAUUAAUUUAGUUUGUAAAAAUUUAAAAAUUGUUGAAAAUAAAAUUUGCUUAUUGAUA